AUGAGAAUCACCAAGGUCCCCUUCGCCGAGGUGGCAGCGGACCUCGCGCGCCCACAGCCCAUCAACUUCAAUACCUCCUUCCACUCCCGCGACGAAGCCACCGAUCUCGUCGACGACGACGACGACGACGAGAACGAGCCCUCCGAGGCGCCCUACAGCUUCAAGCGCUGGCUGCCCCUGAUCCUCCGCAGCCGCGGCCUGCGCCCCGCAGAUGUCCAGGUCGUCAGCCUCUCCCGCCCGCAGGCCAAGCUCCUCCUCGAGGCCAUGGAGGCGUCCGCGCAGCUCGGCCACGUCAACCGCCUCUACCGCGAGGACCUCGACGACGCCGUCGCCGCGCCCGCGCUGUCCGGGAUCGUCUUCCCGCCCGGGGGCCUCUUCGCGCGCCUCGACGCCUGCUCCCCCAAGGACGGCGCCCAGACGAGGCCCGGCGAGAGGGCCAUCCGCUCGGUCGACGAUCUGCUCACGAGACUCGUCACCUCGGGCCGCGCGCGGUCUGCGGUGCGCAAGAUCCUCCAGGAGGACGGCGGCGGCGGCGGCGGCGGCGUGCAGCUGUAUCUCUUGCCCUUUGACGCCCGCAUGAGCUCCGCACGCGAGUACAGGGUCUUUUGCCCGCCGCCGGGAGGAGGAGGAGGAGGAGGAGCGGAGGAGCAGGCGCACCACCGCAUAUCCGCCAUAAGCCAGUACCAGUGGCACAAGCCCUGGCUGUUUGCCGAGCGCGGCGCGGCGGAGCAGCAGGAGGCGGCGCGGGCGAUCUGGGAGGGCUGCCGGGCCGUGCACGCCAUGAUCGUGGCGGACCUGUCGGCCCAUGGCGACGAUGACAACCACGACAUGGACCUCUUGCUGCGCCGGCAGGGCUUCUCCUUCGACGUCCUGUACGACGAUGCCUCCGUCGGCGGUGGUGGCGGCCGGUGCGAGCUGGUCGAGCUCAACGGGUUCGGCGCGCGGAGCUCGUGCGGCUCUUGCCUGUUCCAGUGGGUGCGGGAUCGCGAGGUGCUGUACAGCAGGACGGGCACGACCUUCAAGGUUACAUGGUGA